AUGGCGGACGGGUAUCGGUUCCACACUUUCAAGCCACCACAGACAAGAAGGCGACGAGCGGUGAUUGUCUGUGUAUGGUGCCAUGAGAAAAAGAUAAAAUGCGACCUGCAAGAAACAAGCGGCCAAGGCUUCGGCAAAUGCACCAACUGUGCCUCUAUUGGCGUUAGCUGCAGUAUUCGUCCCUCCAAGCGGUGCCGACGGGAGCGACCGAGAAGAUUAGAUGAAUCCAUUGCCGAAGCGCGGCCGGAUCCACCUCUGGAUGUCGGCGAACAGGAUCAGCCUCUCACACCUCCCCUGGGGACAGAGACCAGCGAUGAGACGUCUAGUCAAACCCAGCUAGCACCGAUCAUUCCAGAGGGGGCCUAUCCUGGUUUGUUCGAUCCGGCCUGUAUGCCGACUUCAGUCCCAGAAAAUCAUUCAAUCGCGACUACUGAGCGUAUCGCCACUGCCGACGACGCAGCAGACAGCUAUCUCGGUGAGGUUAACUACGAAGUCGUGUACGGAUCUGAAAUCCGCUCCGACGCAGACGGACAACGGCGUCAAGCGCCUCCGUCCCCAGAGAAGCACGAUCUUCCGCCACGAGACCUGCAGCAGGCGUUCCAGGAGACGUUCUUCGAGAACUGUUUUACGUGGUGUCCUGUGUUUGACUAUGACACUAUCCAGAAUGAUUUUGCCCAAUCGCCACUGGUAGCCAAUGCGCUAGGCCUAGCAGCUGGCCAUAUCAAGCCACCAGUGAUUCAGCACGCCGAUCCUGCCACAUACUACGACCGCAUGAAGCAGCUAUUCUAUGGCGAUAAAGAGCCAAAUCUGCUUAUGUGUUUGAAAGCGAUUUCUUUGACGUACUGGUGGAGCCCCCGUCCGCCAUCGCGUGUCCAUCGCGACACCUCCUGGUGGUGGACGACCGUAGCCAUUCGACACGCUCAGCAUGGCGGGUUUCAUCGCGAACCACGGCCUGAGCAGAUGGUGCGCUCUCAAGUCGAUCCUGGCUUGCGGCGCCGAAUAUGGUGGACUUUCUUUGCCCGAGAACGCCUGACAGCCCUCUGUCAAUCUCGCCCCUGCGUGAUUGACCCUGCAGACUGUACCAUCCCGCCUCCCACUAUCCACGACUUCCCAGAGCACCAGCGCGGCGUUCAAGCAGAGAUCUUUCUCCGAUGGAUCAACCUCUGCAGCACCAUCGGCGCUAUCGCAAAGCAUCUCCAACGCACCGGCCCCGACAACAUCAUCAGCACACCAUUUCCCAUAGGGCUCGCCCGCGAGCUACUUACCUGGGCCCACGAGACCCCCAUGCAUCUGCGCCUGGACUUUCUUUCAUCGACCACCACCAACUUCAACCGCAACGUCCACCAGCUCCACCUCCCCUAUCUCGCCACGGUGAUUGUACUCCAUCUCAGCCGGACCCCAUCCGCCCUUCCCAGGGCCUACCCAGCCGCCAUGGUCGCCGCAUCAUGCAUCGCACGCAUCCUGCGCGACUGUCUCCUGCGCGGCCACAUCAGGUACCUAAUGGGCAUCACAUGCUGGUACUGCAGUAUGGCGCUCGUUGCGCUGCUGCACGCGCGCCAGAUAAACCACCUCUCGCGCGCCGCAGAAGCCGAUAUCGAAUCUGUGGUGCUCACGCUGCGCGAGUUGCGCGCGAUGUGGCCGACGGCGAACGUCUUUCUCCGGGGGUUUGAGAGGCUUCGCACGAUUAGCGAUACAGAGGACGCGAUCCCGCCGGGCGAAAUGGAUGAUAUUAGCGCUGCCCAGGGAAUUGACUGGAGGGGUUAUUUCCCAUUUGCUUCGCCUGAGACGAGUGAGAUUACGGGGUGGUUGUUGGGGAGCGGCGCGGGUGGGGAGGUGAUCGGGACGGAGGAGGUGGGGGUGGAAGAGCUGUUGACGUUUGAGUUGGUGGAUUUGUUUGGCAUGGAGGGUCUUCUUUGA